AUGGAGACCGAAGAACAAGUAGCUAAAGGACUCACAAAUCCAAACGUAGUCAGCAAAUACAGAGAGGCCGCAAACAUAGUAAAUAGAGCUCUACAAGCUUUAGUCCCUCAAUGCCAAGCAGGCGCUGAUGUAUCAACUCUUUGUUCCAAUGGAGAUCAGCUGAUCGAGCAAGGCCUAGCUACAGUUUUCACAAGUGCUCCAAUAGAGAAAGGAAUUGCAGUCCCUACCUGCAUUUCUGUAAACCAUAUUUGUGCACAUUACAGUCCAUUACCUGAAGAAUCAUACACUCUUCAGCCUGGCGAUCUGAUUAAAAUCGAACUUGGUGCUCAUAUUGAUGGUUACAUUGCAAAUGCUGCAACUUCUUUAAUCGUAGGGGCAUCUGCAGAAGCUCCAAUAUCAGGCAACAAAGCUGACGUCACAUUGGCGGCAUAUAAUGCAAUACAAGCUGCUUUAAGACUUAUGCUUAUUAUAAUAAAUAGAAAUAUUGGUAUUUUAUAUAGAAAAUAAGUCAUAUUUAGGAGAAAUUUCAUAUCAAGCCUGGUAGCACAAACACAGAAGUCACACAAGUUUUCAAUAAAAUCGCUACAGAUUACGGUUGCAACGUCCUUGAAGGAGUCCUCUCCCACGAAAUAAAGCAGCAUGUAAUAGACGGGAACCAUGUGAUUAUUGGCAAAGAAAGUUUCGACCAACACGUAGAAGAAUUCCAAUUCGGAGCCAACGAAGCUUAUAUUAUUGACAUUUUCCUGUCAACUGGUGAAGGAAAACCUAAAGAAUCUGAACAAAGGACGACUGUUUUCCAGAGAGCAUUAGACAUGACUUAUAACUUAAAGCUGAAAAGUUCAAGAAACUUCUUAACAGAAGUCAAUAGAAGGUUCCCUACACUUUUGUUCUCAUUGAGAUCAUUUGCAGACCAACGAAAUGCGAGGGUAGGAGUCUCUGAGUGUCUGAAUCACAAUAUGCUUUACAGUUUUCCUGUUAUUACAGAAAAGCCUGAUGACUUUGUAGCUCAGUUUAAGGUGACUGUGUUGGUGCUUGAGACAGGGACUAUUGUGAUAACACCACUGAUUUUCAGCCCUGAGACUUGCCAGAGUGAUAAGACUGUUACUGAUGAAGCUGUUAAAGCAUUAUUGGCAACUCCAAUGGCAACUGUAGCAGUCGCAAAGCCAAAGAAAGCAAAGAAGAACAAGAAAAAGAAAAAAGCAGCAGCAGAAGGAGAGACUAAAGAGGAAACAGAAGAAACCAAAGCAGAAUAA